AUGGAUGUCAUCACCCCGGCCCUUUCAGAACUCGGAGGGGGGACUCCGGAGCCCAGCACUCUGCAGGUAACGCUCAGCAGGCUGGACAGAGAUAAGGACCAAAGCAGCAGCAUCUUUGCUGGGGUGGCGGGACUCCUUGCCAUCCUCCUGGUCAUCGCGGUUCUCUGCGUCCUGUGGAACUGGACUACACGGAAGAAGCGGCGAGUUCCUUACCUGCGAGUUACCACGGUGCCCUUGCUGACUCUGCCUCCGUCCAGACAACGAGCCAAAAAUAUUUAUGACCUCGUGCCCCGGAGGCAAGGAGUGCUAGGGAGACAUCAGUCAAGGAGUUUCCGUGUAUUCAGUAUCGAGAGCCUCCUCUCCAGAAACUCUGACAGCCCUCCCUCCGCACACGUGACCUCCCGAGCCAGCCAUGCCCUCCAGGUGCACAGAGCCCAGGCUCACUCCGUGGGCAUCUAUGACAACGCCCUGAUGUAUGAGAACCUCACUCCCUCAGCGCACUCCGUCAACGUCAGAGCAGCUGGAGACGACCCGAGCGUUUCUUCAGAGGACUCCAGAGACUAUGUCAAUGUCUCCACAGCAGCAGAGAUUGAUGAGAUGCUGGCUUCUACCAACCACCCCCCUGGGAACCUCUUUGUCCUCCCAAGUGCUCAGGAGCUGGGACUUACUGAGGAAAGAGACAAGGGCUGUGACCAUGCCAGUGACUGCGCCCGAUUUUUGCCUCCAGGAACUGAGAGCAAUGAUCCACUCAGCGAUGAGGAAGGUUCUUCUCAGACCUCAAAUGACUACGUCAACACGGCAGAGUUGGACCUGGGGGCCACCCAGGGGAAGCAGCCCUGGAUGUCCUUUCAGUGCUGCCGAGAUUAUGAAAAUGUCCCUCCAGCAGAUCCCAAUGGAAGCCAGCAGCUGGCGGGAGAAGUGACAUCCUCACACACAAACCAUGUGGAGGGCAGGGCAGGGGGUAUAGAGACUCAUGUCCACCUUGUCAUGCAAUCAGAGAGGUUCCUGGUUUCAGGGGAUUAUGUGACCUAUCAGCCAUCUGCACAGAGUGAGAGCAGUCAGAUGAAACGUGGAGGAGAGAUGUCAAAUGAGGGCUCCGAUGAUGAUGACAUUGUGCUGGCUGCCACGUUAGGAGGCAGCGACGCUGAGCAGGAACAAGACACAUGGUUCUUCCUGAGGAAUUAA